GAAAACAUGGAUAGACUUCUUCGUCUUGGAGGAGGUAUGCCUGGUCUGGGACAGGGGCCUCCUACUGACGCUCCUGCAGUUGACACUGCUGAACAGGUUUACAUCUCUUCCCUUGCGCUUUUGAAGAUGUUGAAGCAUGGUCGAGCUGGUGUUCCCAUGGAAGUUAUGGGGCUGAUGCUUGGAGAAUUUGUUGAUGACUAUACUGUCAGAGUGAUUGAUGUGUUUGCUAUGCCACAGUCGGGAACGGGGGUCAGCGUAGAGGCGGUUGAUCCUGUGUUUCAAGCCAAAAUGUUGGAUAUGCUAAAGCAGACUGGAAGACCUGAAAUGGUUGUUGGCUGGUAUCACAGUCACCCUGGCUUUGGCUGCUGGUUGUCUGGUGUAGAUAUCAAUACUCAGCAGAGUUUUGAAGCCCUGUCCGAAAGAGCUGUAGCUGUAGUGGUGGAUCCCAUUCAAAGCGUGAAAGGAAAGGUUGUUAUUGAUGCUUUCAGAUUGAUCAAUGCUAAUAUGAUGGUCUUGGGACAUGAACCAAGACAAACAACUUCAAAUCUGGGUCACUUAAACAAGCCAUCUAUCCAGGCGUUAAUUCAUGGAUUAAAUAGACAUUACUACUCCAUUACCAUCAACUACAGGAAGAAUGAACUAGAACAGAAGAUGUUGCUCAAUUUACAUAAGAAGAGUUGGAUGGAAGGUUUAACCCUUCAAGACUACAGUGAGCACUGCAAACUCAACGAGACAGUAGUGAAGGAAAUGCUGGAAUUAGCAAAGAACUACAACAAGGCUGUGGAGGAAGAAGAUAAGAUGACACCUGAACAGCUGGCAAUAAAAAAUGUUGGCAAGCAGGACCCCAAACGUCACUUAGAAGAACAUGUGGAUGUGCUGAUGACUUGCAACAUUGUCCAGUGUUUAGCAGCUAUGUUGGAUACUGUUGUAUUUAAAUAAUGACUUGCUUGUAAAUGCUGUUCCCAGUCUCUGAUCAUCCAUUGUUUCAAGCACUGAGACUAAGAUAUGUUUGGAUUUCAAAGACAUCAUUUGCAGUCUAAGAGCAUCUCUCUAACACCUUUUCAUCUCAGUUUAUGCAAUUACUUUGGAUAUGUUUUUAUGUCAGGGUCUUUGCAAAUUCCAGAGCAAUUCUGGAACUGAGUUAAAAAUGUGGUUGGGGUUUGGUGUGGUUUUUCAUUUAAUAUUUGGAAGAAAAUCAGCAGUAUAUAUAUUUUGAUUAUUGCCAUAUAGGUGUUUUU